AUAAGUCACAUUUCAAUAGAAGAUAAUAAUGGCAGGAAAAUUGAUGGAGUUGAAGAAAUUGAGUUACUCAAAUGAAGAUGAUGAUGAUAUUUUAUUUCCUGGAUUUCGGUUUCGUCCGACCGACGAAGAGCUUGUCGGAUUUUAUCUUAAAAGAAAGGUGGAAAUGAAAGCUAUUAAGAUUGAUCUCAUAAAAAAUAUUGAUGUUUAUAAGUACGAGCCAUGGGAUCUUCCAAAACAAGCGAGUAGUGCAGCAGGAGAUAAAGAAAGGGAGUGGUAUUUUUUCUGUAGAAGGGGAAGGAAGUACAAGAACAGCAUAAGACCUAACAGGGUGACAGGAUGUGGAUUCUGGAAAGCUACAGGAAUUGACAAACCAAUAUAUUCUGCAAGAGAAUUCCAGGACUGCAUUGGCCUCAAGAAAUCUUUAGUCUAUUACAGAGGAAGUGCUGGAAAAGGCACUAAAACUGAAUGGAUGAUGCAUGAGUUUCGCCUACCUGCUCCCAAAACUCCAUCUAAUGUUGCUAACAACCGAGAUCUUCAAGAAGCUGAGGUUUGGACACUUUGUCGAAUAUUUAAACGAGAAGCUUCUUACAGAAAAUACCCAUCAUCAAGUUGGCAAAAGUUUGCGUCCAAACAGACUUUUAAAGAUUCAGGCACUAAAAUGAGUUUUUCAGAAUCAUCAGAUGAUGGAUUUAAGUAUAAGAGUUUUGAAGUUUCAACUUAUAAGAUGAUGAAAAUGAAACCUGAUGCUAACAAUUAUUUGUAUGAAAAUAACCAGUUGCUUGCAGGCCAGCUGAGUUUAGCGACUCAAGUUCCUUUAAUGGCUUCACAUGUAAACUUUUGUGACCAAAGUGGAGAUGAAGCAAUAAGUUUUGAAGAUGGGACUUGGGAUGAGCUGAGGCCAAUGGUUGACUAUGCUUUUUGUCAUCCAUAAAUGUUGUCUGGUCUUAGGUAGAGAAGGAAUUAUAUUAAUUACACUUUGUUAUGCCAAUUAAUUAAUAAUACUAUAAUAAUACAAGAGUAUGCAAUGUUAA